AUGGCUCUCUUUCGACUGAUCUGUUGCUUCACUGUUUUUGCUCUGAUCAUCACGUCCUUUACUACUACCGCCUCCACCAUCACAAAACCUCCCCGGUUUGUCAGCAAACUCAUUCACCAUUACACCGUUGGAUCUGCCAUUGAAAGCUCAGCCGCACGUUUUGCCUACUUAACGGCAAGGGUGCAGCUGGCCUCUCUCGCCAAUGCUACAACUACUAGGACUGAAUCUGAUGAUGAUGAUUUUCGGUCUGGUAUUAUUCCAGACAAUAAAAACAACGCAUAUUUCAUGGCAAACAUAUCUUUUGGCGAUCCUCCUGUUCCACAGCUCCUCGCCAUGGACACAGGCAGCCUCGUAUUGUGGGCCCAGUGCCUCCCUUGCGCCAACUCAUUCUGGAAGCCCUGUUUUCCUCAAACCGCUCCAGUUUUUGAUCCUUCCAAGUCUUCCACAUACGCCAACAAGUCUUGCUUCGCUCCUUCUUGUCUCCUAUUUCGCAGUAACACCAGCCCCUGUGACUCUUCCAAUAACUGCCACUUCUCUGAAAAAUACGCCAACGGCCUCGUUGCAGACGGAGUUGUUGCCACCGAAAAGCUGACCUUCGAGACCUCCGACCAAGGUACAACGUCGGUUUCGAAUAUUGUUUUUGGUUGUGCCUUUAACAUAAACAAUGGCGGUUUGAAUGGCCAAAGCAGCGGCAUUCUUGGUCUUGGCAAUGACGACAAUGAUAAAUUGAUUUUGGGCGAUGGUGCCAAAAUAGAAGGCCCUUCAACCCCAGUUGAAUUUUUCGCCGGCCUUUACUUUCUGACACUAGAUUCGAUCAGUGUCGGAGAGACACAGCUCGCCAUUGAUCCCACAAUCUUCAGAAAAACACCGUCCGGCGAUCGCGGAGUCAUGAUUGACUCAGGCUCGGCGCUGACUUAUCUAGCAAGGCCCGGGUACAACGUUCUUAGCUUCCAAGAACAGAACUUGACGAAUGGGCUGCUGACACGUAUGGACAAACCUGGGUACGAGCCUCCCUGCUACGAGGGUGUUAUUGAUCGUGACCUCAUCGGAUUUCCUUCGGUCGCCUUUCACUUUGCCGGGGGAGUUGACCUUGUGUUGGACGCGGAGAGCAUGUUUGUGGAGGCUGGUCCAAACUAG